UGUCUGAGAUUCCAACUUUCUACCAUUUGCUUACUGCAUUAAAUUUAUUUCCUUGAGAGAUAUUUUCUUUCGCAAAAUAUUUCCCACCUGACAAGAUAACGCUAUGGAUCGUAGCUUAGACGAGAUCGUCGCUGAGAAUCAGCAAGACAAGCGCGGCCAGCGAGGUCCACGACGUGCCCGCGGCAACCAUGGAGGCGGUGGAAGAGGAGGUGGCCGUGAUGGCUCACGAACCCGAGAGCGAGACUCGUACCCGCGAGACUCGUACCCGCGAGACGGCGUAAGAAAGGUUGCUCACCCUCCUCCUUGACAUCUAGAUCCAGACCAAACCAUCCCCCUCUGUCCAACUUUCGAGGCGCUGCCAGACAAUUCUUCCUCAAAAUAAGCGAUUUCGAUGGCUCUAGG